AAAGGACCCUGAUGUCAUUUACAGCUGGUGAAAUUGACGACCUUUUGUUUUCGCCACAAAACCUGGCGAAAAGCGAAAAUUUCACCAAGUAACAGUAAUCCCCAACAAGCUGAAUGGACAGUGCUGAAUUUCACGCAGCCUAGGUCUACGAGGCCGUCAGGUUGAUACCACUUGGAAAGGUUACGAGUUACGGACACAUCGCACAUCUUAUUGGGAUGCCAAAUCAUUCUAGACACGUCGGUCAGGCCCUCAAAUUUGCGGACCCCGGAGUAAAUCCUCCUUUACCUUGGCAGCGAGUCAUAGGCUCUUCUGGCGCCAUAUCUUCACGAGGACCAGGAACAAAUGGUGCCCAGCGGCAACGAGAAGCCCUCGAAGCUGAAGGGGUCGAAGUCACGGUUGGGCGCGCGGGAGAGUUCAAGGUCGACAUGAGAAUAUACGGCUGGUUUCCCGAUAACGUCGAGAUCUUGCAGCCGGAAGAUCAGGAUCAGGUUGAUGGAGAAAAUAGUUCUUCAGGUUAACACACGUUCCGAUCCGCUUUGGGAGGGCUACGUUGAUUCAAUAUGACAGCGCCUUCUUCGUCGAUAGAAUGGUCAUCUAUGGAAUUACAAUUAGUUUGGGAUGCAAAACUUCAG